AUGCCAGGCUCAGUAGGAAGUGAUGGAUUCGACGAUGACGAGAACUUCAUUCUAGACAUCGAUGGCAUCCAAGCCCAUGGCAUUGGAGCAGCCGACAUCACCAAGCUAAAGGCCAAUGGCUUCUACACUGUUGCUUCCGUCCACGGCGCCACCCGCAAGACCCUCUUGAAAAUAAAAGGUUUCAGCGAGGUCAAAGUCGAAAAGGUCAAAGAAGCAAUUCAAAAAUGUCUCCCCACAGCCUCCGGUUUCAUCACAGCAAUGGAACUCCACCACCAACGCAAGAAAGUCGUCCGUAUCUCAACCGGCAGCAAGCAAUUUGAUUCAAUCCUCAAUGGCGGCUUCCAAAGCAUGAGCAUUAGCGAAGUCUUCGGAGAAUUCCGAUGCGGCAAAACACAACUCUCACACACGAUGUCCGUAAUCGCCCAACUACCCAAAGAAUCCGGCGGAGCAGCCGGUAGAGUCGCCUACAUCGACACAGAGGGCACGUUCCGACCCGAGCGCAUUGCCCAAAUCGCCGAGCGGUUUGGUAUGGAUCCGGAUACUGCGCAGGAGAAUAUUUCCUAUGCGCGCGCACUGAACAGCGAGCACCAGCUCGAGCUACUGAAUACGCUUUCUCAGGCUUUCGCCAGUGGCGAGUAUCGGUUGCUUGUUAUUGAUAGUAUCAUGAACUGUUUCCGGGUUGAUUAUUGUGGACGUGGGGAGUUGGCGGAUCGGCAGCAGAAGUUGAAUCAGUUUUUGAUGAAACUGGCGCAUAUGGCCGAAGAGUUCAAUGUUUGUGUCUUGAUGACAAACCAGGUCCAGAGUGACCCCGGUGCUAAUGCUCUUUUUGCUGGAGCUGAUGGUCGCAAGCCCGUUGGUGGCCAUGUUCUCGCUCACGCGUCCACUACUCGCGUGCUUCUUCGGAAAGGUCGUGGUGAUGAGCGAGUUGCGAAGAUCCAGGAUUCUCCUGACUGCGCUGAGCGUGAAGCAAUCUAUGUUAUUACCAAUGGUGGGAUCAAUGAUCCUGAGAAGGCCUGA